UGUCAGUGGGCGGGGCGUCGACUCCGGCGUCAGCGGCGGCGUGCGGAGUGAAGUGUCACCGAUAAACACGAGCGUCAUUCCCCGUAGCCUGGCUCGGACGCGCCGCUUCUGAUAUGGACGCGUAGCGACGGCUGUAAUCGUUUCUGUUGCUGAAGUGAGAAGAAGAGUUUAGCGGUUGUCUUGUCUCCGUCUCAGAGGAUGGGAGAAGCGAGCGGUCAUUGGAGGAGAUGUCAUUCGGUCGACUCCUGCGACGCGCAUCCUCCAAAGCCUCUGACCUUUUGACGUUUAACGUGGGCACGGGAGGAUCACGGACCGUGCUGGAUGGAGAGAUCAUCUUCUCCAAGAACAAUGUGUGCGUUCACCCGGCCGAGCCUCUGCCCGGCCUGCCCGAGCAUCACCCAGGUUACCUCUGCGUGCACCUGGAGAAAGACGAGACCCUCGGCUCCACCCUCAUCCUCACCUGGGUGCCCAACUCUCGCAUCCAGCGGCAGGACGAAGAGGCCCUUCGUUACAUCACGCCCGAAAGCUCUCCAGUCCGCCGCAACCCCCGCCGCCGAGCCCACCGGAGCCACUCUCGCCCGCCGCCCGCCCCCGAGGAAGAGGAGGACGAAGAGGCGCCGGAGCCAGCUCUGCAGAACCAGCAGCUUUUGGAAGAGGGCGACGAGGGCUCGUGCGAGCUCUCUGCGGACGAGGUGAGUCGAGACAGCACCCUCGGCUCGGACUCGGACACCUUCUCCUCGCCCUUCUGCCUGUCGCCCGUCAGCGAGGCUCUGGGCGAGAGCAGCAGCUCCGUCUUCCUGGAUAAUGAGAGCAGGGAGUGCGAUGAACCCAUGGCUCACUCUGCAAGCUCCGCCUCCAGCCUGGACAGCCACGCCCCCUCAGAAAUCAGCCAAUCACAGGGAGUUCGGUGGGAGGAGCAGCAGAAAGUCAUGGCCUUAGAGCACCUGUGCGGGGUGUUCAGAGUCGACCUGGGUCACAUGAGGUCACUGCGCCUCUUCUUCAGCGACGAGGCCUGCACCUGUGGACAGCUGGUCAUCGCCAGCAGAGAGAGCCAGUACAAGAUCCUUCACUUCCACCACGCCGGGCUGGAUAAGCUGGCCGAGGUCUUUCAGCAGUGGAAGUGCUGCAGAGAGACGCAGCUCAAAGACCAGGUGUCGGAUGAGAAGUCAUGUAUGCAGUUUUCUAUCCGCAGACCCACGUUACCGUCCGCUGAGAUGCACCCAGAGGAGCGUCUGUAUCGGCGGCUGGACGUCAGCUCUUGGCUCCGGCAUCUCAACAACAACGGCCAGGUGGUGGAGGAGUACAAGCUCAGGAAGGCCAUCUUCUUCGGGGGCGUCGACCCGUCCAUCCGUGGUGAAGUGUGGCCCUUCCUGCUGCACUACUACAGCUACGACUCCGCGUCUGAGGAGCGGGAAGCCUGGAGGCUGCAGAAGCGCGCGGAGUACCAGGACGUCCAGCAGAGGAGGCUGUCCAUGAGUCCAGAGGAGCACAGUGAGUUCUGGAGGAAGGUCCAGUUCACUGUUGAUAAAGAUGUGGUCAGAACCGAUCGGAGCAACAUGUUCUUCAGAGGAGAAAACAACCCCAAUGUAGAAAUCAUGAGGCGUAUCCUUCUGAACUACGCCGUGUUUAACCCAGACAUGGGCUACUGUCAGGGCAUGUCAGAUCUGGUGGCUCCUCUUCUGACCGAGAUCCAGGACGAGAGCGACACGUUCUGGUGCUUCGUGGGGCUCAUGGAGAACACCAUCUUCAUCAGCUCUCCUCGAGAUGAGGACAUGGAGAGGCAGCUGAUGUACCUGCGUGAGCUCCUGCGGCUGAUGCUGCCUCGCUUCCACCAGCACCUGACCCGGCUGGGAGAGGACGGCCUUCAGCUGCUGUUCUGCCACCGCUGGGUUCUUCUGUGCUUCAAGCGCGAGUUCCCCGACGCUGAGGCCCUGCGCAUGUGGGAGGCCUGCUGGGCGCACUAUCAGACGGACUACUUCCACCUGUUCCUGUGCGUCGCCAUCAUCGUGCUGUACGGCGAUGAUGUCACAGAGCAGCAGCUCGCCACAGAUCAAAUGCUGCUGCACUUCAGUAACCUCUCCAUGCACAUGAAUGGAGAGCUGGUGCUGAGGAAGGCUCGUAGCCUGCUCUAUCAGUUCCGCCUUCUUCCCAGAAUUCCCUGCAGCUUGCACGACCUGUGCAAACUGUGCGGUCCAGGAAUGUGGGACAGCCGUUACAUCCCGGCCAUAGAAUGUUCCGGAGAGCAUCCCGACUCUCAGAGCUGCCCCUAUGGAGGCACGGCUACCCCCGAGAGCCCGCCCCUACCCAGCCCCAACCAGCCCAACGAGGGCAAGAGGGGCUCCAAGACACGGGACAUUUUCACUUUCCGCAAGCACUCCUGACUCGAGCACGUCUCAGGAACGCCCCUUACCCAUAAGGCUUAGCCUCUGAGCCGCAUUUCAGGUCUCCGCCGAUGCCGACAGCCUCUUCUGGAGGUUGGGGAACCUCAUCAAUAAUUCACAAGUACAAUUAUCACAAACAAUCAAGACUAAGUCUUCAUCCGUCUUUCAUGAAGUCACAUCUUGCGAACUGACAUCUCAGAAUAUUUUUUUUUGUAUCGACAAUGUAUGCAUGUGUUAGCGUUUGGGUUUGGGUUUGGGUUUGUUACCACAGUCGAAGGGUGUCGUUUUUUUUUUCUGAUUAGUUUGUGUUUUUUGGCAUAUUUUCGUUUCUUUCAUGUUCAGUUUCUCAACUGUGAAAUCAAACAAUCAGCCAAAAUAAAGUGGGACACCGUUAUCACGGGCUCUCUGAUAUCAAAACGUUGCUUUACGAUCAUCUAUGCCUUUCAUAUCACAGUAAAUAUAACGAUAUAGAGAAGAGAGACUCUUAUUGAGUCCGUGAAGAUCCUCAAGUCAAUGUGAAAUUAAAAUUGAUGCUAUUAUCA